AAAAGUGGAAGAGAUGUAAUUCUUUUUGUUCUCCUUUGUUAUAAGUUAUAUAAAGGCAUACUUUUUUUUCUCUCUCUCUUUUUUCUUUAAUUCAACAUGCUUACUUAUAUGGAAGUUCAUCUUUAUUAUACUCUGCCCGUUCUUGGUAUCCUCCUUUGGUUGUUACGCCCCUUUGAUUCUAAAGAAGAUCGAUUCAAAUAUCAGUUCCUGGCAUGUAUUGCCUUUUUCACUGCCUCCCUCUGGGAUAACUAUAUUGUCUAUCAUAAAGCUUGGUCUUAUUGCCCUACUUGUGUUGUAGCUGUGAUCGGAUAUGUGCCACUAGAAGAAUACAUGUUUUUUAUCAUCAUGACUUUUAUGACAAUAUCCUUUACGAAUCUAGUCAUGCGAUGGCAUCUUCCUUCUACCUUUAUUCGCCCUCAAACCCCCUUGAUACAAACAUGGUCUGUACGUGGUGUACCGAUUAUGGCACUAAUGAUUAUUGCAUACAAAGCCUGGAAACUGGCUGUUCCAGCUAAACCCUUAUUUUAUGGUGCAUGCAUCCUAUGGUACGUUUGUCCUGUGUUAGCCAUCCUGUGGUAUGGUUCUGGUGAAUACAUGCUUCAACGACCUCUAUCUGUCAUUCUGUCCAUCACACUACCCACACUCUAUUUAUGCUGGGUUGACAAGAUCGCGAUUGCAGCUGGUACAUGGCACAUUUCGCUUCGCACAAGCACCGGCAAAUUUGUAUCCUCCGACCUUCCACUAGAAGAAUUCAUGUUCUUUGUGCUCAUCAAUACCGUCUUGGUAUUUGCAACAUGUACCAUUGAUCGAGCCCAAGCGGUGACACAGCUGUUCAACAAGCACCGUCACAACACACUAGACCAGCUCAAGACGCUUCUCUGGGCCUAUCUCGUACCUGACCAGAUGCUCAAUCCACAAGUGAUUAACGAUCUCUCGAUUACCUGGGGCAUCCUGAAAAGUGCAUCCAAGUCAUUCCACACCGCAUCCGCCGUCUUUAACUAUGCUGUCCGUCAAGAUCUUAGCGUACUCUAUGGGUUCUGCCGAGCGACUGACGAUCUCUGUGACAACGAGUCUGUACCUGGGAAACGUCGUGAACGUCAAUUACAAGCAACCCGUCAGUUUGUCAAGACUCUGUAUGCCGAAAAGCAGCUGACCGAGGCUCACUAUAGCCAGCUACCCGUCACGUGCAUUCCUGCCUAUCGUGCCUUUGCCACGCAUCUGCGAUACAUUGUCUCGGAAGAGAGUGUGUAUGAACUCUUGGAUGGCUACCGCUGGGACCUUGAAAGAAGAAGUGUCAAGGACGAAGACGACCUGGCUUACUACUCUGCCUGUGUGGCCAGUAGUGUAGGCGAGAUGUGUACUCGUAUCAUUGCUCAUCAUGGUCAAUGCUCGCUUUCGUCAGAUACCAUCCACCGUGCACGUCAGAUGGGACUCGUCCUUCAGUAUAUCAAUAUCGCUCGUGAUAUCGUCACAGACAGUCAAGAUCUACAUCGCUGUUAUCUUCCUCAAAAUUGGCUCACGCAGCAAGAAAUAGAAAAUCUGCAGCUCGGUCAACCUCGUGAACUGUCCGAUCGCCGGUUGCGUCAGAUCAGUCUCAAGCUUGUCAGUAAGGCUGAACUUAUGAUGAAACAAGCCGAGGCGGGUAUUGAUGACUUGCCUUAUUGUCAAGGGGGGCUUCGUGCUGCUUGUCAAGUCUAUGCGGGGAUUGGUCAAUGUCUCAAAUUGUCGUCAGGGUAUCCGGAUCGCGCCUAUUUGGAAAAGAGGGAGAGGAUCAAAAUUGUAUUAAAAAGUAUCUAUUUGUAAUAAAAUAAAAAUAAGCCCUUUAAUUACCUAAAAAGGGAAAAAUGCC